AUGGUCGCACACAAUCCACAGUCCUCCGCCGCGGGCGUCCUCGCACUUCUCCAGGAGCCAGAGCCCGUCAUCAAACACCACGCACUCAAGACUCUGCUCACCAUCGUACCCCAGUUCUGGGCAGAGAUCUCAGAACACAUCGCAUACAUCGAGUCUCUGGAAGAAGCAUCAGACCUGACACCGGAAGCACGCGCUGCUGCGUCUCUCCUGGCCAGCAAGGUCUACUACUACCUCGAGGAAUACGAGGAAUCUUUGUCCUUUGCUUUGGGCGCAGGGCGCGCGUUCGAGGCUGAAUUACGCACACCCGGGUCAGAAGAAUAUGUAGAGACCAUAAUCUCCAAGGCGAUCGACCGUUACAUCGAAAGCCAGGCAGACAGCACGGAGAAGCCUGACCCACGUCUGAAAGAUAUCAUCGAGAGCAUCUUCAGGCGAUGCAUCGAGGACGGCGACUUUAAGCAGGCCAUUGGCAUUGCGCUCGAGUCGCGCCGGCUGGAUGUGAUCUCGUAUAUCUUUGAGCAGACACACGACGCAAGCUUGCUCGCAUACGCCAUGGAGGUCGUCUUGGACAACAACUUUUCCCUCUCAUACCGCGAUCAAGUCUUGAACUUCCUCUACCCUCUCUUCCCGCCACUCACGGGCGACGCGAGUUCACCACACAUCCUUACGCUCACCCGCAUCCUCGUCACCCUCAGCAACCCGUCGCUCGUCACCCCACUCUUUACCGCACUGGUUCCGGGACAGAAACUACUCGCAUAUCAACUUGCUUUCGAUCUGACGGAAGGUGGCGCACAGGAUUUCCUCGAGAGUAUACGAAAGGACUUGCCAGAAGGUGACGAAACUUCAAAACCUGUCUUCGACAAGAUCAAGGCCAUUCUUUCCGGCCAAGAACCCGUAAAGCUCUUCCUCGAGUUCUUGAGGAAGAACAAUAGGACCGACCUGUUGAUCUUGAAGAAUACGAAGGAUGCGCUCGAGCCGAGGUUCUCCGUGUAUCAUACCACCGUCACAUUCCUGAACGCAUUCUUGCACGCCGGUACAUCGUCAGAUCAUUGGCUCCGUCAGAACCUGGACUGGCUUGGUUAUGCGGCAAACUGGGCUAAGUUUACCGCGACGGCCGCACUAGGUGUCAUCCACAAAGGCAACUUUGAGGAAGGCAUGACGAUCCUCGGCCCGUACUUGCCCAGUCCGGCUGGCGGCGAGAACAACCUCGCGGGCGCAGCGUACUCGGAAGGUGGCUCUCUCUAUGCGCUCGGUCUCAUCAAUGCGGGCGUUGGUGCCGGGCAGACGGUCGAGAACUACCUUCGUGACGCGCUGAAAGCUGCCCAAGGCGAGAUUGUGCAGCACGGUGCUGCCCUCGGACUCGGCAUUGCGGCUAUCGGAGCGCGCAAUGCGGAUGCCUACGAUGAUCUGAAACAGGUCCUUUACACCGACGUGGCAGUCGCUGGAGAAGGCGCGGGAUACGCAAUGGGUCUCGUCAUGCUCGGCACAGGCGACGAGGCGAUCGCGCGAGAGAUGUUGCAGUACGCUCAUGAGACGCAACACGAGAAGAUCAUCCGCAGUCUCGCAAUAGGCGUGGGCUUCCUGUACUACGGUCGUCAGGAGCAAGCGGACGGCAUUGUCAAGGAACUACUUGAUGAGAAGGACCCCAUUCUCCGUUAUGGCGGUGUAUACACCCUUGCGCUCGCUUACGCGGGCACGUCGGAUAACGAUGCCGUUCGCAAACUCUUGCACGUCGCCGUCUCGGACACGUCCGACGACGUGCGUCGCGCGGCUGUCACCUCCCUCGCGUUCCUCCUCUUCAAGAACCCAACACAAGUCCCUCGCAUCGUACAGCUUCUCAGCGAGAGCUACAACCCCCACGUUCGGUGCGGCGCGACUCUCGCCCUCGGUAUCGCAUGCGCGGGCACGGGUCUCCAGGAUGCGGUCGACAUCCUUCAGCCGAUGACCAGGGACAGCGUAGACUUCGUCCGCCAGGGCGCCUUCAUUGCGCUCGGGAUGAUCCUUGUGCAGCAGUCUGAGGCCGCAAAUCCCUCUGUUGCUCAAACGCGCGAGAUGUACGCCAAGAUCAUCGCGAGCAAGCACGAGGACGUGAUGGCGCGCUUCGGUGCCAGUUUGGGACAGAGCUUCAUCGAUGCUGGCGGUCGCAACGUCACAAUCAGCUUGCAGAGCCGCGCGGGUACGCGCAACACCGGCGCGAUCGUGGGAAUGGCACUGUUCUGCCAGUUCUGGUACUGGUACCCACUCACGCUCUGCGCGAGCUUAGCGUUCGAGCCGACGGGUAUCGUUGGAUUAACAGAAGAUUUGAAGGUUCCCAAGUUUGAGCUCAUCUCCAACGCAAGACCGAGCUUGUUCGCAUACCCACCUGACAUCCAACCGCCGAAGAAGGAGGUCGCCGCCAAGGUCACGACGGCGGUCCUCUCCACUACGGUGAAGGUCCGCGCGCGCGAGCGCAAAAAAGCGGCGGACGCGGGAGAGGCGAUGGACACGGACGACAAACUCGAGGAGAAGAAGGAAGGCGACGUCGAGAUGAAGGAUGAGGCGCCCGUUGAGGAGACUGGCAAGAAGCGCAAGGAGCCUGCCUUUGAGACGAUCACCAACUUCUCGCGCGUCACCCCGCAGCAGACAGCAUAUGUCGUAGUACCGCAGGCAUCGCGCUAUCAACCCGUGCGUCCACUGAGUACGCGCGUCACUGUCGCGCGUGGUGGGAAGGGCGCGCUCAGCAAGGCGGAGAAGUACUCGGGUGGCGGCGGUAUCAUCAUGCUCAGGGAUAGUCAACCGGGUGCGGAGGCGGAGUACAUUGAGCUCUUUGUGCCACCACCAGCGCCGGAGCCGGCAGCACCAGCGCCCGCUGCCGGUGAGGCGCCACCGGCCUUGCUGCAUAUCGCGCUAGACGAGAGCUCGCCCGACGCCGAGCCGCCACAAUCGUUCGAGUAUCCGUUCGGCGAGGACGCGUAG